GCACCACCGCCGCCGCCGCCCCGGGAGCUGCUCCGGCCGCACCAUGCGGGAGCUGGCCAUCGAGAUCGGGGUCCGAGCCCUGCUCUUCGGGGUCUUCGUUUUCACGGAGUUUUUGGACCCAUUCCAGAGAGUCAUCCAGCCAGAAGAGAUCUGGCUCUACAAAAAUCCUUUGGUGCAGUCUGACAACAUACCUACCCGCCUCAUGUUUGCAAUUUCUUUCCUCACACCCCUGGCUGUUAUUUGUGUGGUGAAAAUUAUCCGGCGAACAGACAAGACUGAAAUUAAGGAAGCCUUCUUAGCGGUGUCCUUGGCUCUUGCUCUGAAUGGAGUCUGCACAAACACUAUUAAGUUAAUAGUGGGAAGACCUCGCCCCGAUUUCUUUUACCGCUGCUUUCCAGAUGGAGUGAUGAACUCGGAAAUGCACUGCACGGGUGACCCUGACCUGGUGUCCGAGGGCCGUAAAAGCUUCCCCAGCAUCCAUUCCUCCUUUGCCUUUUCUGGCCUGGGCUUCACGACGUUCUACUUGGCUGGCAAGCUGCACUGCUUCACCGAGAGUGGGCGGGGGAAGAGCUGGCGGCUCUGUGCCGCCAUCUUGCCCCUGUACUGCGCCAUGAUGAUUGCCCUGUCCCGUAUGUGUGACUACAAGCAUCACUGGCAAGAUUCAUUUGUCGGUGGAGUCAUUGGCCUCAUUUUUGCCUACAUCUGCUACAGACAGCACUACCCCCCUCUGGCCAACACAGCUUGUCACAAACCCUACGUCAGCCUCCGGGUCCCGACGUCGCUGAAGAAGGACGAGCGGCCCACCGCUGACAGUGCGCCCAGCAUGCCUCUGGAGGGCAUCACCGAAGGCCCCGUAUGACCAGGGUCUCCGGGGGACGGACGCUGAGCCCGGGGCAUGCUCUCCCGCCCCGCACCCUCACGCAGUAGAAGAGGUUUUUCUGUAGCGUGUUUCUCAUCCGUUGUUUCUCCAAGUUUUCCUUCUGCUUCCAUUUUGCUGGUGGUAUUCCUGCUACUUUAAAUGUGUCUUCUCAACUUUCCCGAAAUUGCAAAGGGGGGACGCAGGGAGAAUCUGUGAGAGACCUAGGGAAGGAGGCCGCAGAGACAGGGCGGGUGCGAUGCGGUCCGUUCCUUUAUCUGAAAUGUUCGCUGUAACCACCACCGUCCUGUGUUUUCAUGGUCGUAAAACCUAAUAAAACCUCCCACUUGGAAGACACGG